AUUGUGGCUGGCGUGGGUGGGGCCCCCAUGACCUACACUCCGCAUUACCUGCGAUGUAUAAGGCCCCUGGUUACCGGGCAAGCUUGCUCUGACAACGUUGUAACUUGCGCCUGCGCCAGAGCUACCACCGAGCUCCUCGACCAUCGCCGGUGCUAGACAAGAUGUCUCUGGAUCCGCCGAAGUAUCUGGCGUCGCUCCAGAACAACAUUCGCCAAAGACCGAUACCUUGGGAUGGUGCUGUAAGAGCAGGUACUCUGACCGAUAGCCAGCUGGCCAAGAUUCGAGCUGUCGAUAAGGUCAAGAGGGAUGUGCGAAAACAGGCUGUCGAAGCCGACCUUGAAGGCUAUCGAAUAUUGUUCAUUGGAGAGCCGGGCAAUCCCGGAGUACUAGAAUCCGCCGCCAGACGUCAGGAUGUGGUCCAGUACAUCUUGGUCCUGCUGAACGACUUGCUGGACAGCAUUCCAGCACUCUCCAAGGCUCUGUUGCAGACCGGCGACCCAUAUCGGAACUUGUUACCUCUACUAGCCCACUCGACCAAUUCCGAAGAUCCGAUCCCUCUUCUGGCCUCCACCGUCCUCACCAGCCUCAUCGGAAACUCUAGAGAUGAAUCUGAGGCAACAAUUGAUCGGGCCUUGCCCGUGCUCUUCAGCUACCUCUCUUCCAUCAUCAAGAGCUCGGACGCCAGCCUACAAGACAUUGGUGUGCUAGAGUACUCAUCCCUGUUGUACGGGAGAGUGUCCAGAGGGCAAUUCUGGGCCCAGAGAAGCGAAACCGUUGCGCCUCUGAUCGAUAUACUCCGGGCCGCAGCUGGCGUAUCUAAUGGAGAUGCUUCUGCAAGUCUGUGGAGCCGGGCUACUUCUACUUCUCGGACCGGUGCUUUUGAGGGAUCUCUGGGUGGAGGUGUUGGUCUACAGCUCCUAUACCACGUCCUCCUAGUAAUGUGGCAGCUCAGCUUCGAGGCUGCGAAUGUCGGCGAUGACCUGAGCAGGUGGCUGACUUUGGAUAGCGAGUACGAUAUCAUCGUCCUCUGCACACAGCUCAUUCGUCUGUCUCCCAAAGAGAAGACCACCCGGCUCCUCAUCAGCACGCUCUACAACCUGCUCGUCGCCAAUCAAAAGUCCCUCCUCCCCAUUGCGGUCCUUGCCCGCCUUCCCGCCGGUCUACAGAACCUCUCUGCCCGACAACUUACCGACCCAGAUCUCCAGGAGGACCUGGGCAAGCUGAACGACCUUCUGGAGGAGUACACAAAGACAAAGACGACGUUUGACGAGUACGUCGCUGAGGUCGACUCGGGCCACCUGCGCUGGUCGCCGCCGCACCGCAGCACGGUCUUCUGGGCGGAGAACGCGCGCAGGAUCCUCGAGCACGAGAACGGCGAGGUGGUACGGAAGCUGGCCGAGAUCAUGAACAAACCCUGGGACAACGAUAAGUCGGUGCUGGCGAUCGCGUGCAACGACGUGGGCGCUCUGGUUAAGGAGGUGCCUGAGAAGAGGGGCCAGCUGGAGAGGCUUGGGCUGAAGACGAGGAUUAUGGAGCUGAUGGCCGAGGCGGAUGAGAAUGUGCGCACCACCGCCCUCGCCCCGACCCUCCAACAACACCGGCCGGCAUCACUCUCCUCCUCUCAAUCUCAAUCCUACCAACCAAACCGCCAUGCCUCCUCAUCCGCCGCCCCCGCCUCAUCCCCCCUCAGCAAGACGGCCCUCUACGACCUGCACCUCUCCCACGGCGCCAAGAUGGUCCCCUUCGGCGGCUACCACAUGCCGGUGCAGUACGCCGGGCAGUCGGUGGCGGCAUCGCACGCCUUCACGCGCUCGCACGCCUCCCUCUUUGACGUCGGGCACAUGGUGCAGCGCGUGCUUCGCGGCCCGGGCGCAGCGCUCCUGCUGCAGCGCCUGACGCCGCUUGACGCGCGCGCCCUGCCCGUCGGGCGGGGGUCACUGUCUUGUCUGCUGCACGAGGGGACGGGCGGGGUCGUGGACGAUACGAUCGUCACGCGGCUGGGGGGGCAGGGGGACGGGGGCGAGUUCUACAUCGUCACGAACGCGGCGUGCAGGGAGAAGGACGAUGCGCAUCUGGACCGGGAGCUGAAGAAGUGGAAUUCCGAGGAGGCGAACGCGGAGUUGCAGGUCGAGCAGGAGAUCCUGGAGGGGUGGGGCCUGGUGGCGCUGCAGGGCCCGCGGGCCGCCGAGGUGCUGGCGGAGGCGCUGGCCGAGCCGGACGAGGUUCGCCUGGGGGAGGUGCUCUUCGGGCAGGUGGUCCAUGCCAAGCUGAAGAUUGGGCGGCGCGGGACGAGCAGCCCGCUGCUGAUCAGCCGGGGCGGGUACACGGGCGAGGACGGGUUCGAGAUCUCGAUCCCGCCCGCGGAGACGCUGCGGCUGACGGAGACGCUGCUUGCCACGGGCGGGCCCGAGAGGGUGCAGCUUGCGGGGCUGGGCGCGAGGGAUAGCCUCCGGCUCGAGGCGGGCCUGUGCCUGUACGGCCACGACCUCGACGACUCGACCACGCCGGUCGAGGCCGGGCUGAGCUGGAUCGUGCCCAAGGAGCGCCGGACGGCGGACGCGGGCUUCUACGGCGCAGAGGUCAUCAGCAGGCAGCUGGUGCCAAAAAGUAAGGGCGGUUCGGGCGUCCGUUACCGGCGGGUCGGGCUGGUCGUCGAGGGCGCGCCCGCGCGCGAGGACGCGCAGAUCUGGAGCCGGCCCGCCGCGGAGGGGGAGGAGGGCGAGAACCUCGGGUCGGUGACGAGCGGGUGCCCGAGCCCGACGCUGGGGAAGAAUAUCGCCAUGGGCUACGUCAAGGAUGGGUUCCACAAGGCCGGGACCGAGCUGGACGUGCUGAUCCGGGGGAAGAGGCGGAAGGCGGUCGUCACCAAGAUGCCGUUUGUGCCGACCAAGUAUUAUAAGGGGACUGCGCCUGCUUGA